AUGAAUAUAUUUUACAGUUUAUUAAAUCAAUUAAGUUUAUUGAAGAAGUUAAAAGAAAUACGGAAGCUAGAUAACACUAUCACUCUUCAUCAACGUAAGUUAGAUAAACUUAAACGGCUCAAACAGGGUUAUUUACAGCAAUUGUUCCCUAAAAAUGAUGAAAAAGUUCCAAGGGUUAGAUUUACUAACUUUGACAAAGAAUGGAAAUUGCAUACAUUAGGAGAUGUAACAGAAAGAUUUGAUAAUUUAAGAGUACCAAUUACAGCAUCGGAUCGUAUUUCUGGAGCCACGCCUUAUUAUGGAGCAAAUGGAAUUCAAGACUAUGUUGAAGGACACACUCAUGACGGUGAAUUUGUUUUAGUAGCAGAAGAUGGUGCUAAUGAUUUUAAGAAUUAUCCUGUACAAUAUGUGAAUGGAAAAGUAUGGGUCAACAAUCAUACUCAUGUUUUACAAGGUAGACAUGAAUUAGUAGACAAUAAGUUUUUGAUGAUUGCUAUUAAAAAUGUUAAUAUUGAACCAUUUUUAGUAGGGGGAGGACGGGCGAAAUUAAAUGCUAAUAUUAUGAUGAAGCUCGAACUACUUUUUCCAAAUAUGAAAGAACAGCAAGAAAUCGGUACAUUCUUCAAACAAUUUGAUAGUAUUAUCAGUUUUGAAUACUCUAAAAUUGAUAAGUUAAAUUCAGUAAAGCAAGCACUUCUUCAAAAAAUGUUUAUUUAA